GAUGGAUUAUUAUGGCAGGAGUCAUGAAGUGAAAUCAGGAUCUUUUCCCCGUUUCGCUAAUGCGAACAAUGCCCGCUCGAAAAAUAGUUCGGACUGCAUGAAAAGCUGCGGUCCAGGGGGGCUGUUCAGAAAAACUUUCCCCAGAACCAAGCAGGCAGCAAGUGGGAAAUCUGAAAUUAUAAACGUUCUUUACCUACCUGCCUAGGUAGAAGAUCAUCAUGACUGCGACCUCAUUGCACCAACGUCUUGAACUGUCGAGCCGGUGAUAGUUGCAGUGGAUUGGCAGGUAACCCCUUAAUUUUAAUUCUUGCGCGCAUUGGGAAAACAGACCUUGGGAUUUCGUACCGCAAGGUGGUUGAAAAUUCCAACGUCGUCGAACUCUAGAAGGAAGGAACGCAUCUCAGCACCAGCUCUUCCUUGCCCCUUUCUGCGCCCUCUUUAUCCAUUUUUCAUUGCCUACCUGCUUUACCUACCUAGGUAGGUAGGUACACUUACAUUCUCACGUACCUUCCUACCAACCCUUAGGCUGGUAGGUGGACAAAUGCCUUACAUCAUCGAGUGGUAAUUUGGGUCCAAGUGCCUAAAAUCUCCCGACUCUUCUUUUCUUGCCACGAACCCGGCAAACGGCCCUGUCCUAUCUCGUACGACCAAAGUGAGAUUCACUCGCUUUUUCUCGACCUUCUUCCCCCUAUCUCGCCUACUUUUCUAGCUUACAGUCAAUCAGCUCUGUUAUCCAUCUCAAACAAAUUAAACAAAUCCAUCAUGUACCUCAUCAACCUGAUCAUCGUCCCCUUCGUGGCGGCACUCCCUGCCAUCACCAUGCGGCAGGCAAACAACAUCUUCAGCGAUUCUUGCACCAACAUUGAGCUUGUCAACGCCUAUCCAGGCAAGGUUCUCAACGACAACCUCAAAGGCUCGUGCCUCGGUCCCCAGGGCAAGAAACUCGAGAGCUCUCUGGAUCUCAACCAAUGCGUCGGUAUCGAUUACAGCAACAACACGCUGACUUGGAUGCCAUUGGGCAAGUUCCGCAACUAUUGCGACACGUGCAGUCUCAAGGAGGGCAACGUGCUUGCUUGCACAUGUAAUAAGCAGGCCAGUACACUCAAGUUGGAUGACGGGGUAGUAAUUCGAGAUGGCAGCCUGUCAUGCAAGUAGGCAAGGGGGCGGGGCUAACAUGGAUACGGCCAUCAAGAACUGAAGACUUUGAACCAUUACCUGGGGAGAAAGCUUUGCGGUGUUUAUGAACAGGUCAUUUGCUACAUGGUGUGAAUACUGAAACUAGCAGAAGCAAAUGUAACUUUAUGAGAUCAUGAUUGAAGGCUUUACGGAUGACAACUCGAGGAGAUUAAUCCAGUUUUCUAUCUCGAAGAUUCGCCUUUGACGGCAGUGACCCC